CUUACUUUAAAGGAUUUCAGUUUGCCAGUCAAGCUGUGCGCCCUUAAACUCUCUGCAGUCUUUGGGCACAAAUCUUGGAUUUGGGGAAAACAAAGGACUUUCUUUAUUAUUAUUUUUUUUUAUUUUUUUUUCUUGUAAGAAGUUGUCCUUCAAUUUUUUCGCAUGAAUCUCCUCGACCCCUACCUGAAGAUGACAGAAGAACAGGAGAAGUGUCACUCUGACGUCCCCAGCCCCAGCAUGUCUGAGGACUCCGCGGGCUCGCCGUGCCCGUCCGGUUCCGGUUCGGACACCGAGAACACCCGCCCGUCCGACAACCACCUCCUCAGGGGCCCCGACUACAAGAAGGAGGGCGAAGAAGAGAAGUUUCCCGUGUGCAUCAGAGACGCAGUGUCCCAGGUGUUGAAGGGCUACGACUGGACCUUGGUGCCCAUGCCGGUGCGCGUCAACGGCUCGAGUAAGAGCAAACCUCACGUGAAGAGACCCAUGAACGCCUUCAUGGUGUGGGCCCAGGCAGCCCGGAGGAAACUGGCCGAUCAGUACCCACAUCUGCACAACGCAGAGCUCAGCAAAACCCUGGGGAAACUCUGGAGACUGCUCAAUGAGGUAGAGAAGCGGCCGUUCGUGGAGGAGGCUGAACGCCUGAGAGUGCAGCACAAGAAAGAUCACCCCGACUACAAAUAUCAGCCCAGGCGGAGGAAAUCCGUCAAGAACGGUCAAAGCGAACCGGAGGACGGUGAGCAAACCCACAUCUCUCCAAAUGCGAUCUUCAAGGCGCUGCAGGCCGAUUCUCCUGCUUCCAGCAUGGGCGAGGUGCACUCACCAGGAGAGCAUUCAGGUCAAUCCCAGGGCCCACCAACACCCCCAACUACCCCCAAGACGGAUCUCCCUCCCAGCAAAGUUGACAUGAAACGAGAGGGGCGCCCCGUUCAAGAGGGCACCAGUCGGCAGCUCAAUAUCGACUUUGGAGCUGUGGACAUUGGUGAGCUGAGCACCGACGUCAUCUCCAACAUGGGAAGCUUCGACGUCGAUGAGUUCGAUCAGUACCUGCCGCCUCACAGCCAUGCUGGCGGUGCAGCCCAGGCUGGCUACACUGGUAGCUACGGUAUCAGCAGCUCCUCAGUCAGCCAGGGAGCCAACGUUGGAGCCCACGCCUGGCUGUCCAAGCAGCAGCAGCAGCAUUCCCUGACACCCCUGGGUGGAGGAGGAGAGCAACAAGGUCAAAGAACCACCCAGAUCAAGACGGAGCAACUGAGUCCGAGUCACUACACAGAGCAGCAGGGCUCCCCACAGCACGUCACCUACGGGUCCUUCAACCUCCAGCACUACAGCACCUCCUCCUACCCUUCCAUCACACGAGCACAGUAUGACUAUUCAGACCACCAAAGUGGUGCCAACUCUUACUACAGCCACGCAGCGGGCCAAGGCUCCAGCCUGUACUCCACCUUCAGCUACAUGAGCCCCAGCCAGAGGCCGAUGUACACCCCGAUCGCUGACAGCACCGGGGUGCCCUCCGUGCCGCAGACCCACAGUCCGCAGCACUGGGAGCAGCAGCCCAUUUACACGCAGCUGUCAAGGCCCUGAGGAAGCAAUCAGAGAAGUGACUGAGAGAAUGCUCACCCCAGACUCCCCCCCCCC